GCUCUGGACAAGUAGUUAAGACUGGAAGCGCUAUCAAGAACUACAGUGUCGGUCAGUACCUGGUUGUCAAAUGCGGUCAACUCAGGGGAUAUUCAGAGUAUUUGUAUGUGACCUCUGCUGACGGCCUGACAGUCGUCCCAAAGCCAGACCCGGAAUACUUAGCCCUCUUCGGCACCAGUGGUUUGACGGCAUCCAUAGGUCUGUCCGAAG